AUGUUUGAAGCUCAAAGUAUCGAAGCUGAACAUAAAGAUUUAAUUCACGAUGUCGCUUAUGAUUUUUACGGUCAACGUAUGGCGACUUGUUCGAGUGAUCAAUUCGUUAAAGUGUGGGAUCAGGAUGAGGAAGAAAAUUGGCUUUUAACUGCUAAUUGGAAAGCUCAUAGUGGUUCGGUUUGGAAAGUAACAUGGGCACAUCCUGAUUUUGGUCAGGUUUUAGCUACUUGUUCCUUUGACAGAACUGCUGCAGUAUGGGAAGAAAUAAUUGGAGAAGGCAUGGGUUCGGGUGAAAGAGGAAUGAGACAUUGGGUACGAAGGACUAAUUUAGUAGAUUCUAGAACUUCCGUUACUGAUGUUAAGUUUGGUCCGAAAUCAUUAGGAUUAAUUUUGGCCACUAGUUCAGCCGAUGGAGUUGUUCGAAUUUAUGAAGCUCCAGACAUAAUGAAUUUAAGUCAAUGGUCUUUGCAGCAUGAAAUAUUGUGUAAAUUACCAUGCAGUUGCCUUAGCUGGAACACAUCUCUUUCAAGGCACCACCCUCCGAUGUUGGCAAUAGGAAGUGAUGAUUCAAAUCGUUCUAAUGGGGGAAAAGUAUUUUUAUAUGAAUAUAGUGAAAAUUCUAGAAAAUGGAUUAAAUCUGAAACUUUAUCUUCGGUACAAGAUCCUGUUCAUGAUAUUUCUUUUGCUCCCAAUAUGGGUAGAAGUUAUCACAUGUUAGCUGUUGCUACAAAAGAUGUUAGAGUUUUUACUAUUAGAGAAAGCAGCAGUGUAUCAAGCGGAUCAUCAAGAUUUGAAAUUGAAUCGGCAGCACAAUUUGAAGAUCAUUAUUCAAGUGUUUGGAGAGUAACAUGGAAUAUAACUGGCACAGUAUUGGCAUCAACUGGAGAUGAUGGAUGUGUAAGACUUUGGAAAGCAAACUAUAAAAAUGUAUGGAAAUGUGCUGCAGUUUUAAAGGGUGACGGAACUCAAGCCGAAUCUGAACCAUCUCCUGCUAUAGCCAUACCAGCAACAUCAACAAUAUCGCCACAAGGAGCAGCUAGGUAUUAUAAAUUAGGUACUAUAAAUCAUUCAAAUCAAGUUCCUUGGCAUUAA